AUGAAAUUCUUCUCCUCCACUACUUCGACUGUCACUGUUGCAGUCUGUUUGAUGUCUGCCUCUGCCAUGGCAAGUCUUAACCCACUUUUCGGCUCAUUUGUUGACCUUGUUCCAAAUGUCACCGCUUCUUCUUACUCCAACCUCACCAUUUUCAAAGCUGUUUCUCCUUCAAAGAAAAGAAACACCAGAGCUGACGUUGAAAAGAAAGAUCUUCAAGCGCUCGUUGAUGACGUUCUCAAGGCCACUUUUGUACUCUCGGAUGUUGUUCCCGUUGUUGAUGACGUUUUCAAGAUUGUUGGUAACUUUGAAACCGUUGCUGCUGGUUUAAUUAAUACUACCCUUGGGCCACUCUUGCAAAGUAUUGAAGUUAUUGGUACUGGUCUUGAUAAUGAAAUUUUAACUCUUACUUCAGAUGUUCUCCAUACUAUUGACAACAUUGCUCAAUUUUCAUUUGCUGUUAACGUUAAAGCUCAAAAGCAAGAAGGUAAGAACGUAUACUGUUUACCAGACACUUUUGGAAUUAAGUAUGUCUGGUCUUUGAGUGAUGAAUUGGAUGAUGCUGUCUUGGGUCUCUUAAAGGGUGUUCUUUCUGCUACUUCCGUUUACAAUGUGAUCAGUACUGUUGAUCUGAUUUUGACUCCUCUUGACCUUGGUGGACUCUUGGAUUUCAAAAGAGAGGAUUCUAUGGAUGUUUCCAAGAGACUUGACAUUACUGACGGUUUGGUUUCUCAAUUGAAGGGCUUAACCACAAAAGAUUCCAGUAUUUCAAACUACUGUUUCUCUAGUUAA